GAAGACGUCGAGAAGAAGGAAGAUAUCUUCACGAAGCCGGCACCAUAUUCUCUUCUGAAUGUCAGUGAUGCCGCCACCUUCUUCAAAGAGACCCUGGCACCGCAAUUGCCAGACUUUGCCUUCGAGGAUGUACUCGACGCGUUCCCCAUGACAGACAUGCAGAAGCGCUUCUAUGGCCCUCCACAAUAUUAUCAACUAUUUCUUGAGGGCGAAGUCGACCAGCCACGGCUAAAAGACGCUUGUGAGACCUUGAUGAAGGAUAAUGCAAUUCUCCAAGCCAUCUUCGUCUCCCACAAUGACGACAUGAUCCAGGUCAUUCCCAAGAAGAGCAUGUUUUCCUUUAACGAGGAUGAAUGCGAAGAGCCUGACCUUGCAGAGUACGUCCAGAAGCUCUGUCAGGAAGACGUCGCGAAACCAAUCGCACCGGGACGGGCUCCGACUCAGUUCACACUGGUGAAGCGCAGUCCCACAGAGAAUGUUUUGGUAAUCCGGAUCAGCCACUCCCAAUAUGACGGUGUGACCCUGCCCAUCCUCUAUCGCCGCCUUGCAGCGUUAUACCGCGGGGAACCGACCCCCAUAGUCACUGAUUUUCCGGAAUAUCUCUACCGCGCAGAGACCCUGAAGACCCCUGCCGCAAUAGAAACCUGGAAAGACAUCCUCCAGAAUGCCUCCAUGAGCUACGUCGGUCUUCAGCAAACCCCGCCCCCGGAGCCAACCCUGCUCUAUGCCACCCGCGUCUUGCCGAACCUCAAGCCGGCUCCGGGAAUCACCCAAGCCACGUUGGUCAAGGCAGCAUGGGCGCUCACUCUCUCCAGCGGCCUUGAACGUAGAGACGUGACCUUCACACAGAUGGUUAAUGGCCGUGGAGUCGCUAUCCCAGGCAUCGAAUCGAUCCUGGGCCCCUGCUUCAAUUCUAUCCCAGUGCGCGUUCCCCGCCAAAAGUCCUGGACCGGCCUUGACCUCCUGCACUAUGUGCAAAACCAGCACCUGAAGACCAUGCCCUACAGCUCCAUUGGUUUCGAGGAUAUCAAAAAGCUAAGCACUGGCUGGGACCCGCGGACUAAGAUCGCGUCGGUGGUCGUGCAUCAACACUUUGAGCACCUCAAGUCCCUAGACUUC